AUGGCGCCCUCCGCAAGCCAAGUCGUUAAACCAAAGAACGACAGUCUCCCGAUGCCAGGACUCCCUGCUGAGACGAUCGCCAACAUAUUCCUCUACCUGUCCGAUGCGAGCCGCCAGCAUCUCUUCAAAGCGCGCGCAGUGUCCAAAGGCUGGAUGAAGUUCAUUGACGCUACACCCAUCCUCUGGACGCCUAUAUCGACACAUCUCGGGUCGGAGAUGGUGAGCCGCGCCGUCGAAAGAUCUGGAUCUUUACCUCUGGAUGUCGAUAUUGGCAUCUAUCCCAGAAGGGAGCUUUCUACGCCGGAUGCCACGGUCGCGGACCAGAUCUCUGCCGCAGGCGUGCUUGAGCAACUCUGGCGCAUCCGCACCCUGGAGGUCGAUUUAUUAGAUCUUGAAGGUGUGAGCACAGAACGGGCUCAUCAUCUUCUGAAUGAAAACGCCGCGCCUAUUCUGGAGCAGCUUCGUAUCGUUGGCACCGAGACGGACGAGAUGGUCCCAGUGGCCCUGGAUCAAAAGUUCUUCGGGAGCUCCAUCCCACCUCUUCUACGCGACUUGCAGAUCACUAUAUGCGCUGUCUCGCUACACUGUCCCUUACUUCACGCGUCGACGUUGGUCAGCGUUCGUAUCGAUGAGUGCAGAGUAUGGGGCUCUGUUGAGAAGGUCCUGGAUUCUCUCUCCUCGUGGCCGCUGCUCGAGACGUUCGUUUGGAUGUCGCCCGAAGGGGGCGUGGACGAUUGGAACGACCAGUUCAUCGGGGACUUUGCCAUAACACGCAUGCCAAAGUCGGAGUGGAAGGGUGUGCGUGUGCGCUUGCCUCGUCUGAAGACCCUCAAGCUGCGCCAUGAGCCGGCCCCCAUCCUCACCAUCUUCUCCCGACUUCAUUUCCCCACGUCGUGCGACAUUGAUCUGACAUUCUUUGUCGAAACCAUCGAGACGGAGAAAGACGAAGACCGUAUGCGAGAUGCUCUAGACCAUACGCUAGGAGCCUACCUCGGCAACGUCUUUAGCGACGGGGAAGGGUUCGCUACGAUCGCCGUUGAGACCCCUCGCGAUGCGGAUGCCCUUCCGUACGAACCCUUCCAUGGAGUGGCCAUAACGUGGACGGACCCUUCCAGCUCGCCCGCGCCUGUGGGUCUGAAGACCACUUUCUACCGCAACGAGAACUCUGCCCGGUGCAACGAGCUACCUCUAGCCGAGCAUCUGAUGAAAUGGCCGCAAACAUCGUCGUACCUUACGGGGGUCAAUCUCGGACCCAUGGACUUCCUUUACAACCAUGAGGAAGAACAGGAGUAUGUACGAAGAACGUUCGAUAGCGACUGGCACAGGCUACUCGCUCUCUUCAAGAGCAUCGAAUAUCUUUGCAUUCGCAAGGACGAGGGUCUCUCCUGGCUAUUCCAGGUGCUCAACCGCGAGCGGUCUGUCCUGCCCCAGAUGAAAUCACUAUAUCUCGAGGAGACACACGUUGAUGAGCUUACGACAUUGGUCUCUAUGGCGAGGCGGAGGAUGGAGGAAUAUUCGCUAUCCCCGAAUCCCCGAUGCACAUCACUCUGCGGAGGUGCACCAUCGACUUCGGCGAGCUGGUCCCUCUCAUGGAGAUAG